GCUCAGCCCGAGACUCUGUGGCCCCCGCCCCCACGCUCCCCGGCCCGGGACGCCCCAGCUCCCGCUCGCUCGGGCGGGGGCUCCCCCAGUGCAGGCCUCCCCACGCGGCCCGUGACGAGGACUCCACCGCUGCAGAGCCCGCCCCCGGACUCCCUACCGCAGCGCUUCCUGCGGGCAGCCGGGGCAGCCCAGGGGUUCGCCCAUCCUUGACUAGUCGCCCGCGCUGCUACGCCCUCAGCACGGGGCACGCACCUGGAGCUGUGGCAGUAGCGAGGGGACAGUCACUUGUCCCGGGGCGGGGGAUGCACGAACGGGGCUUGGGGGGGGGGGCGGGGCGGGCGGGCACAGAGAAGCAACCCAGCAUCUUUGAGCGGGGCAACCGGGGCGGGGCGGGGGGGUGGCGGAGACAGGGGGCUGUGCUCAGGUUGGGGACGCGUCGGGAUCGCAAAGCUGGGCGCCCAACCCCAUUCUGGGGGCGGACCACCGAGACUCCCAGGAGUCUGGUCCAAGUGCACCCCAGAGGUCAAGUGGAAGGCUGGUGGGGGGACACGGCACUGACAGACUCCAACCUUGCGGAUCCCUGCGGUGGAGUCAGGGAGAUGGGACCAAUGGAGGUUCAGAGUAGAAGAGAAAAGGGGUGGAGGAGAAGAUGAAGAGCAGCCAGAGAAGUGGGGGGUGGAUACAGGGAGUGGGUGCAGAAGCCGGGGGAAGGAAGGGGAUUUGAAAGGAGGAGCCAAGAAUGGUGUCAGGUGCUGGCCAGAGGGCUGUUAGAUAGAAACUGGGACAGCCCAUGCGCACCGGUGACCCCAACAUUGAGAACCUUGGGGAGAUGGUUUCAGAGACUCAAGGGAGGAAUUCUCUGCAUAGACAGUCUUUCCUACAAGUUCUGUUUAAGUGUGGAGAGAGUGUAGAUGCGGGAGAGGACUUUGGGGAAACGGUGGAAUGUGUGGUUAGAGCACAGGUUCUGAGUUCAGGAAUCCCCACGCACCAUCUCUGGGCCCCUGGGCAAGUCACUUAACUGGUUUGUAAAAUGGGAUGAUGAAGACAGUCCCUGCCUCAAAGGGGUCAUAUGAUCAGGUGAGGUGGUUAGAAGUACUUAACACAGCACUAAAGUGCUGCACCUGGUAUUUCUCCCUUUUAUUAUUGGAACAGCUUGGGGACAUCUUGAUGCUGAUAGGGAAGAUCUGGUAGAGAGGGAGGCAUUGAGGACAGAGGAAAAAGAAAGGAGACCAGGGAGAAAGGGACCCAGAACCUGGUUGUGGAGAUAGGUGUCAGUCUAUGCCACAGGAAGGGGAAGAAGGAAUGCAGGGAGGUUUACAGGUUUGGGGUAUGUGGUUAAGGGAGUGCCUUUCUGAUAGGCCUCCUCUGAAGUAGGCCUCAAGGUCAUCUGCUGAGAGGCCCAGGCCACAGCUGGCCCAGGUGGGGGUGGGCAUCCCAGUUUAUACCUGCAGCAGUAGGGGGCUAUGUCCUCUUUGCCAGCUGCCCGAGUAUCACUCCAGGGAAUGGGGGCAGUUGAAUUUUUCUAGGGGCAGAGGACAUCUGGCCUGCCUUGCCUACUUACAAGGCUCAAGUGAAGCUGAUGGAUGUGGAAACACUUUGGAAGCAUAAUUUACCAUUUUAAUUCUUUUCUUUGAUCUUGAGGAGCUGGAAGGGCUGUGGCCGUUAUUGGGAUACAAUGUCAGAGCCUUCCAAGCACUUGGCUUGGGCCGUGUACCAUGUGAGGCUUCCGCCCACCCCCUCACUUGGUCACCACAACAGUCAGAUGGUUUUAUCAAGACCCACUGUGAGGAAGUGACUUUCACCUCGGAGACGCUCUGGCCAGGACACAGCUAAAGCGCCUGGAACUUGUGUUUUUGGACCUGCGUCCAGAACCCUGGGGAUUUCCACCAGGGCAUCGAGCACCCCCACCGAGAAUUCUAGGCUCUCUCAAGGUCCCAGGGAACACAGAGGAGCCCCCAGCUGUGACUUUCUGCAGAUGUCCCCAGGGAGGAGGAGGAGGAGGAAGCCAGCAGCUGCCCAAGAAUGACUGGACACUCCUAAAGCCUUCUGUCACCAUCCAGGGGAUUUUUUGCACCACAAAGGCUUCCACAGCUUCCACAGCUGGUCUCCUCCCCACAGUCGCAUAGACCGGGAGCCCCUGGCCAACCUGGUACCCCAGGAUGGCCUCUGGCCCAGCCAGCAGCCCCCGCCCGGCCCCAGAUGAGAACGAGUUUCCCUUUGGGUGCCCCCCCACCGCCUGCCAGGACCCACCAGAGCCCAGGGCCCCCUGCUGUGCCGCCUGUCUCUCUGGGAACCUGAGGACCAGCGAGGACCGGAUCUGUCCAAAAUGCAGAGGGGACGGCCCCCAGUCUGUAAGCCUGGGAAGCCUUCAGUCUCAGGAGAAGGAUCACCCUGAGGCGGCUGAGGCUGAAGCUGGGUGCCCCUUUGCUAGUGUUGGCUGCUCCUACAAGGGGAGCCCAAAGCUCCUGCAGGAGCAUGAAGUCACCUCCCAGACCGCCCACCUGAACCUGCUGUUGGGGUUCCUGAAGCAGUGGAAGGCCCAGCAGGACGUGGGCCUGGGGUCCGGGCCCAUGGCCCUGGAGCAGAAUCUGUCAGACCUCCAGCUGCAGGCAGCCGUGGAGGUGGCGGGGGACCUGGAAGUGGACUGCUACCGGGCGCCCCACGCCGAGAGCCAGGACGAGCAGGCCCUGAAGCACUUCAUGAAGGAGAAGCUCCUGGCUGAGCUGGAGGGGAAGCUGCGUGUGUUCGAGAACAUCGUCGCCGUCCUCAACAAGGAGGUGGAGGCCUCCCACCUGGCUUUGGCCACCUCCAUCCACCAGAGCCAGCUCGACCGCGAGCACAUCCUGAGCUUGGAAGAGCGGGUGCUGGAGUUGCAGCAGACGCUAGCUCAGAAAGACCAGGCCCUGGGCAAGCUGGAGCAGGGCCUCCGCCUCAUGGAGGAGGCCUCCUUCGAUGGCACCUUCCUCUGGAAGAUCACCAAUGUCACCAGGCGCUGCCACGAGUCAGCCUGUGGCAGGACCGUCAGCCUCUUCUCCCCAGCUUUCUACACGGCCAAGUACGGCUACAAGCUGUGUCUGCGCCUCUACCUGAAUGGGGACGGGACAGGGAAGAGGACCCACCUGUCGCUCUUCAUCGUGAUCAUGAGAGGGGAGUACGAUGCUCUGCUGCCCUGGCCUUUCCGGAACAAGGUCACCUUCAUGCUGCUGGACCAGAACAACCGCGAGCAUGCCAUCGAUGCCUUCCGGCCCGACCUGAGCUCCGCGUCCUUCCAGCGGCCCCAGAGUGAGACCAACGUGGCCAGCGGCUGCCCACUCUUCUUCCCCCUCAACAGGCUGCAGUCACCCAAGCAUGCCUACGUGAAGGACGACACCAUGUUCCUCAAGUGCAUCGUGGAGACAAGUACUUAGGGCAGGAAGGGCCGUGCCAGCCAUCCCCGACCCCCGAGGGAGCACCAGAGUACGCUGCAGGGUUUGUAAGCUGACUGAGGGCCUGUCCGUGGCGCCCAAGAUCCCAGGCACCAUGCUGGGCUGGGCCGGCAUGAUCUGAGCAGGACCGACAGAUGGACCGUGGCUCGCCUUCAGCUUUGGUGGUGGCGGGGCCCUGGGCUGGGCCACAAAGGUCCGGAAGGAGGCGGUAGAUUGUUGUCUUCUGCACCGACCACAGUGAUGCUUGAAGCCUGGGAGCCCCUCCAGCCCUGCAUGUUGAAGCAGCCUGUGACCGCGACUGGGAGGGAAGAGGGCCCGGGGCUGGGGCAGGGAUGGUGAGCAUGGGGAGGAGGAGAGAAGCUCUCCGAGCAAAGCAGCUCUCUGGACGGCAAGGUCCCUGUGCUGGAGUGGGGAGGGUGAGGCAGCAUCAGGUUGGGACCUGGGUUCGAAGACCUUGAGGUUCCUUCCUGCCCAGAAAGUCUCCAGGUCUGGGCCUCCUGGUAUAGGAGGGGCCUAGGGCCGCAGGGGAGCUAGAAACAUUCAGGAGCCUCGUGGCCUCCAGGUUCCUCCACCCCCUUCCCUGCCCCCACGUGGCCAAGCUGGCCCACCCCACACCUGCCACCCCGAAUCUGGCAGUUCCGCUCCCCAGCAUGCUCCCCUGUGUGGGCCCCUGGCCUGUGCCUCCGCUGGCAGGACCCCCCCUUCGCCUCUUGUAGGUGAAAUCAGGUCCCUCAGCUCCCGGGAGCAGCCAGAAGGGAGGGGGAGAUGGAGGGGGUCAGAAACCCUCUGCUCUCCCUCCCUCAGAGGCCCCGCCUUCAGCGCUUUCCUGAAUCACAUGUCACCUAAUUAACUGGGUAUUUCUUUCAGUUGACUGUUUGGGGCCUCUGAGGCACUGAGCGGAGGUUGUCCUUUUAAAUAAGUAUAAAACCAAAGAAAGAGAUUGUUUUGA